CGCAGAUCCCUGCCGCUCGGGGAGCUUUGUUCUUGCUGGCCAAGCCCGCCACCUCCCGGGCGCGGCGGGACCCCCGAGCCGCCGCCGCGAUGAGGAGGACCCGCGAGGAGGUGGACGCGACGUUGCAGAUCGCCAAGCUGAACCCGGCCGAGCUGCUGCCCGCCGUGCACUGCCUGGCCUUCGGCCCCGGGGCCAGCGGCGCCACCGCCGGCGACUUGUGCCUGCUGGAGCUGGAGCCCGCGCUGUGCCAGCAGCUGGAGGCCGGACACAGUCUUGUGAUUCGUGGUGAUAAAGAUGAGCAAGCUGUGCUGUGCAGUAAAAACAAAACAUAUGACUUGAAAAUAGCAGACACUUCAAAUAUGUUGCUUUUCAUUCCUGGUUGUAAAACUCCGAACCAGCUGAAGAAGGAAGAAACACAUAGUAACUUUAUUUACACUGAGAUCUUUGGUUUUUCUAAUAACUAUUGGGAAUUAAGAAGAUGUAAACCUAAAUUAAAGAAACUAAAGAAACUUUUGAUGGAAAAUACCUAUGAAGGACCUGAUAGUCAAAAAGAAAAGGAUUCAAACCGCUCAAAAUAUACAACUGAAGAUUUGCUUGACCAAAUUCAGGCAAGUGAGGAAGAAAUAAUGACCCAGUUACAAGUUCUAAAUGCCUGUGAGAUUGAAGGUUAUUGGAGGAUUCUUGAAUUUGAUUAUGAGAUGAAACUUCUGAAUCAUAUAACUGAGCUUGUGGAUUCUGAAUCUUGGUCAUUUAGUAAAGUUCCUUUGAAUAUAUGCCUUCAGGAACUUGGACCACUGGAGCCAGAGGAAAUGAUAGAACACUGUCUUAAAUGUUAUGGAAAGAAAUAUAUAGAUGAAGGUGAAGUUUAUUUUGAAUUGAAUGCUGAUAAAAUAUGCAGAGCAACAGCACAAAUGCUACUUCAGAAUGCAGUGAAAUUCAAUCUCGCUGAGUUUCAAGAAGUGUGGCAACAGAGUGUUCCUGAAGGAAUGAUAACUAGGCUCGAUCAGCUUAAGGGUUUAGCACUGGUGGAUAGACACUCGAGACCAGAAAUCAUAUUUUUGCUGAAAGUAGAUGAUUUACCUGAGGAUAAUCAGGAACGUUUUAAUAGUCUGUUCUCUCUAAGGGAGAAAUGGACAGAAGAAGAUAUUGCUCCAUAUAUUCAAGAUUUGUGUGGAGAGAAGCAAACCAUAGGUGCAUUACUCACUAAGUAUUCUCGUUCUUCAAUGCUAAAUGGUGUUAAAGUUUAUAAUUCCAGAAGACCCAUUUCUUAAGUCUUUUCUUUGGGACUGAAGUUGCUUUAUAAGGUUGUUGGAUAUAAGAAAAAGAUCCUCUUGUGUAUUUUUAUUCCUGACUUUUCAAAACCUAAUCCUUUAAGGUGUUUUUUCCCCUCACCUUAAACAUUUUGAAACUGCUACUCUUCUUAUUACUUAAAUGUAAAAGAUAUUUCUAUAUCAUUCAAAUUAUGUUUGUACUAUGUACACAGUGUAAACAAGGACAACAGGAAGUAUUAUUUCCUAUGUUUAGUAUAUUUCUGAGAUUAGUAUAUUUACAUGGUUUUAUUUGUAGAAAGUUUUGCUUUUUAUAUUUAAAAUUCUUAUUUUUUUAAUUAGGAUUUAAUGUUCUAAUCAUUAAAUACAUUUAAAAGUUUUUCAGAGAAUAGUAAUAGUUUCAUAGAAGAGAAUUAUUUGUUCACUUAAAUGCCAUUUCUCAAGUGAGUUCCCCUCCACUUUCAACCUUCCACUGGAACAGGAAAUAUCUAGGUGCUGUCAAUUAUUUAUAUUAGUUGUUUACGCUGAUUAAAUUUGCUCGAUAAUUGCUCCUGUGUUCGCCUGGCUGAUAUAGACAUGCACUUUGAGACAAAAUGGGCUUGAUCCUCAAUCCUAUGUGAAGAAUACUAAUAGAGCAGUUUAUAAUCAGAAUGGAGAAACUGGCACAGGUAAUACUCCCCAGAAAACUACAAGUAACUUCUACUUGGUAAAGUGUCUUUAUAGCAGUACAAAUUAAUUUUAACUUAGUUAAUUAACUGGUCACCAGUAUAGCUGGUAAGCCAAGGUGAAGUCUGGUACAAGAUUUUUUGAAAAAUUAAUGAAUAAUCUAUAAUUAUUUAACCAAGAUUUAACUGUUAUUGAAGUUUACAAGUUUCUUUCUCAUGAACAUGAAAUACAAACAUGACUUCAAAAUAUAUUCUUUCAAUAAAUUU